GCCCUGGAAGCUGUGAGGCUCAGCAGGUCUGGGGUGUUGGGGGAGGUGUGGAAGUCCAAGCCCUGAGCUGUGUGUGAGGUGUACUGGCCCUGUGUGAGGUGAGGCUUGGUUGCCAGGUGACUGUUCCCUGAAGGCCACCUGUGGCCAGAAGGGCUGUGCUCAGCCCUCAGUUGCAGUGCCCAGGCCCAGUCCUGCCCAGGGCCAUCAUGGCGCGCCAUCUCAACAUGGACACUGUGCUACAGAACUUCUGGAAGGAAGACUACCUGAGGGAGAAGACGCUCCGCUGUGAGUGGUACCGCAAGUACGGCGCUGCGGUGAAGGCCAAGCAGAAGGCCAAAGCCGCCGCCCGCCUGCCCCUCAAGCUGCCCACUCUGCAUCCCCAGUUGCCCCCCUCUCCCCCAGCAGCCCCCAAAACCGCCCUGCCCCCACCACCAGCCCCUACCCCCGCCCCCGAGGUUCCGGUACACACGGAGAUGCUCCCUGUCCUCCCUGCCACCCGGGCCCUGCUGUAUGAGGGCAUCUCCCACGACUUCCAGGGGCGCCACCUCUACCUCAGCACCCGCAAGCUGAUCCUCCCAGAGAAGCGCUACCUCUUCCCCAUCACCACCAGCUUCACAUACGGCUGGCAGCUGGGCCCCCCGGUGAAGCCAAAGCACGCCACCUGCAAGCUGUGCAGCAUCGACUCAUUCUUCCGCAAGAACGGCGCCUUUGCCUUCCUGGACUCCCGGGACCUGGCCCUCUAACAGCUUUCCGAGAGCGGCGAGGAAAUAACACACUGCCCCCCUGGCGGGGAGAUGCCACCGUCGUGUCCGUGUGUCCGACCCCCCAGGAGCAGUAGACCCAUGCAUGCUCUCCACCUCCAAGACAGCGUUCUUGCUCUUGUCUUAA